AUGUCUUCGUCAACGCAGGACCUCAUCCCACAACUUCACCUCGGGAACACAUUUGGAGCACUGUUUAUUGGGAUCGUCUUUGCAGCAAUUCUCUUUGGUCUAAGUAACAUUCAAGCUUUUUUCUACUUUCAGGCGCACAGGGAUACAGCGAUAUCGUUCCCUAAGCUAGCCGUCGCCUGGCUUUGGAUACUCGAUGCUCUACACCUGUUCUUGAUAGUCCACUGCGUCUAUUAUUAUUUAGUGGCCCACUACGCGGACAUCAGUGCACUCACAGAAAUUGUGUGGAGUUUCAAACUUCAAAUAGUCUUCGAUGUUAUAAUUGUCUAUGGGGUACAUCUUCUGUACUUCCAUCACAUAUGGAUAGUAUUAGGGUGUUAUCGUAACUUUGGGUUCAGCCCUUAUUUGGGCCAUCACCGAUUCCAUGAUAACAAAGCUCAUGGCUUACAUUAUCAACACGGGUUGUCUGACGAGCAUGUGUUCACUGACAAUUAUGAUUACAUAUACGUCAACUCAUUCUUUGCACUCCUGAACGCGCGACACUACUUGCCGCCCGCCACAGAAACUAACCAUUCCCCUGAAGUCCACAUGCGCUAUGGUAUCUACCGCCCAGAGCUGAACGUUAUGACAUCCCAAGACGAGGAAUUCCAGGGAUCCCGGAAAAAUAUAUUUAAACAUCCCGGCGAUGAAGUGAUGCAUAUUACUCGAUCUGCCAUGCCACAUCGACCCAUUGAGGCGACGGUGGAGACGAAUUCAUUCUCAUCAGCGUGAUGUAUCAGUACUAUUAUGCAUGUAUCAUGUAUCCUCCGCCUCUUCGCGAGAUAGGACUUGCAAGUCUUU